AACAUUCACAAGAAAGGCAGAGGCAGAAAACAGAAGCCACAGGACCGCUUCUUGCGGGAGUGAGGGAGAGAAAGAAAGGGAGAAAGAGCUCGGGGAGGAGAGAGAUUGGGUGUGAAGGGUUCGUGAGAGAGAGAGAGAGAGCGAGAAAGAGAGAGAGGGAAGGGAAGGGAUGGGGAUGGAGGGCGGGAGCUGCUGCCCGCCGAUGGAUCUUCUGCGGUCGGAGGCGAUGCAGUUGGUGCAGCUUAUCAUCCCCAUGGAGUCCGCCCACCUCACCGCCUCCUACCUCGGCGACCUCGGCCUCAUCCAAUUCAAGGACCUGAAUGCAGACAAGAGCCCAUUCCAGCGAACAUAUGCUAACCAGAUUCGAAGAUGUGGGGAAAUGUCUCGCAAAUUGCGGUUUUUUAGAGACCAAAUGGCUAAAGCUGGGAUAUCACCAUCAGGAAAGACUCUCACUAAAGCUGAUAUUGACAUGGAUGACUUAGAGACAAAGCUUAGUGAGCUUGAAGCAGAACUUGUUGAAAUCAAUGCAAACAAUGAGAAGUUACAGCGAACAUAUAAUGAGCUUAUUGAAUAUAAGCUUGUCAUGCAGAAGUGUGGAGAAUUCUUCUACUCUGCUCGCAGUGCUGCUACAGCCCAGCAAAGGGAAAUUGAAACUCAUAAUCUUCCGGAAGAUUGUAUGGACCGUCCAUUGCUAUUGGAACAAGAAAUGCUUACCGAUCCAUCCAAGCAGAUUAAGUUGGGUUUUAUCAGCGGUCUCAUACCCAAAGCAAAGUCAGUGGCUUUUGAAAGGAUUCUUUUCCGUGCUACAAGAGGCAACAUGUUUCUCAAACAAGCUGUGGUUGAGGAGCCUGUGACUGACCCAUUGUCUGGAGAGAAGAUUCAGAAAAAUGUGUUUGUGGUCUUUUAUUCUGGAGAAAGAGCCAAGUCUAAGAUUGUGAAAAUUUGUGAAGCUUUUGGAGCAAAUCUUUAUCAAUUUCCAGAAGAAUGGAACAGACAAAGGUGGAUGAUUGAAGAGGUCUCGGGGAGGCUUGCAGAAUUAAAGACAACUUUAGACCUUGGAUUAAGCCACAGAGAGAGCGUCCUGGGCAAUAUUGCACUGCAAUUUGAUCAGUGGAGCCUUUUCGUUAAAAAGGAAAAAGCCAUUUAUCAUACCCUGAAUAUGCUGAGUCUUGAUGUUACGAAAAAAUGUUUAGUGGGAGAAGGUUGGAGCCCUGUGUUUGCAAAGAAUCAGAUCCAGGAUGCACUUCAGCGUGCAAGUUUUGACAGUAGCUCCCAAGUCGGAACCAUUUUCCAGGUUCUGCAUACUAGAGAGUCUCCACCUACAUACUUCCAAACAAACAAGUUCACAUCUGCUUUUCAGGAAAUUGUUGAUGCAUAUGGUGUGGCUAGGUAUCAAGAAGCAAAUCCUGGUGUAUUCACUAUUAUCACCUUCCCUUUCUUGUUUGCAAUCAUGUUUGGUGACUGGGGCCAUGGCAUAUGCUUAUUGCUUGCAACAUUAUAUUUCAUAGUGAGAGAAAAGAAGCUUGCUUCACAGAAACUUGGAGACAUCACAGAAAUGACAUUUGGUGGCCGCUAUGUUAUUCUGAUGAUGGCACUUUUUUCCAUUUAUACGGGGCUGAUUUAUAAUGAGUUCUUUUCAGUCUCAUUCAAUCUUUUUGGACCCUCUGCAUAUGAAUGUCGGGAUCCUUCCUGCAGUGAUGCUACUACUAGUGGCUUGAUCAAAGUGCGGAAUGCUUACCCAUUUGGGGUGGAUCCUGUCUGGCAUGGCAGCCGCAGUGAACUGCCUUUUCUUAACUCAUUGAAGAUGAAGUUGUCAAUCCUUAUUGGGGUAGCACAAAUGAACCUUGGUAUCAUAUUGAGCUAUUACAAUGCCAAGUUCUUUCGGAACAGUCUUAAUAUAUGGUACCAGUUUAUCCCACAGAUGAUAUUUCUAAAUGGCCUCUUUGGUUAUUUAUCUCUUUUAAUUAUUGUGAAAUGGUGCACGGGUUCAAAAGCUGACCUGUAUCAUGUAAUGAUAUAUAUGUUCCUGAGUCCAACUGAUGAACUUGGUGAAAACCAGCUUUUUGCUGGUCAGAAGAUGGUCCAGAUGGUAUUGCUGGUCUUGUCAUUGGUUGCAGUUCCAUGGAUGCUUUUACCAAAGCCUUUUCUGUUGAAGAAACAACAUGAUGAGAGGCAUCAAGGUCGUUCCUAUGCUGUCCUUCAUAAUUCUGACGAGGACUCCUUUGAGCCUGAUAUGGUUCAUGAUUCUGAUGAGCAUGAGUUUGAGUUCAGCGAAGUCUUUGUUCACCAACUGAUACACACCAUAGAGUUUGUUCUUGGAGCCGUCUCUAACACUGCUUCUUAUCUUCGAUUAUGGGCUCUUAGUCUUGCCCAUUCAGAAUUGUCAACCGUCUUCUUUGAGAAGGUCCUGCUUCUUGCUUGGGGGUACAACAAUAUAAUUAUACUUAUUAUUGGAGCCGUCGUGUUUAUUUGUGCGACUGUUGGUGUGCUUCUUGUGAUGGAGACAUUAAGUGCAUUCCUGCAUGCCCUGAGGCUUCAUUGGGUCGAAUUCCAGAACAAGUUCUACGAGGGCGAUGGCUACAAAUUUUAUCCAUUUUCUUUUGCAUUAUUGAACGAGGAGGAUGAUUAAAUUUAUGUUUCUAAAUGGACCGGCGUCUAUAGCAGCUUGUGUACAAGUGAAUUCCGGAGGUGAACAAGAGCUAUAGCUCCUUUUUUGUAGAGCAGGUGUUUUAUGGUACUGUGGAUUGUAACAGAUUGCAUUGUCGGGGCUGUUUACUGCAGUUACACUUCUUAAUAGAACCUAAAGGUACACAUUUUAGGUUCGUAUGUUGUAAUUAUAAUAAUCUUUGCAUGUUUAUGCAACUUCGAAAUAAUGGAUACUAGAGUAUCUUUUAUUUUUAA